AUGCACGAUGGCCGCAAGCUGGCCGGAAAGUUUGGUUCACACGCAAACGGAACGUCCGGUAGCAUCCGGCUGCGCAACGGACACCGGACACCGGACUCCGGACACCUGGCAGCCCUCGCGACGCGUCCGGAGCGGCUGAAACAAGAGGGCGGACGAUCCCUUCGGAGUAGCGCGGGGAUGAGAUUUAGGGAGGCCGAGCGACUCUCGAACACGCAUUCUACAUGGGGCCCGCGC